AGCAUCCUAGGGGUUUUGUUUUUUUUUUCUUUCACUAUUGUUUUUCCCUGCCCUAGUUCCUUCCUUCCUCAACCACCUUCUUCUUCUUCUUCUUCUUUCUACUAAUUGAGUAUCUCUUCUCGUCCGUACUCUCUCGAUCUGCAUGUUCUCCCCGGUUUCUCGUGUAUGACUCGUCCACAUGGAGAACUCUCGCCACCGCAGGUCCCCCGUUGCUUCCAGGAACCAACCGCACACUCUUGUUCUUCCUCAAGGGAGUAAGCAAGUUCAUAGGCAGCGACAAGUUCCCGAUUUGUCUCCUGAUUCUGUUUCUUGCGGUGGUGGGGUUGCAGACAAAGAUUCCUUCUCGUUCAAAUUUGGGUGGAGAUCUUCAAAACAACUAUUCGGAACUCCAAUUAAGAAGUUACUAGCUGAUGAGAUGUCGCAAGAAACCGAGUCAAAAAGAAGAAAUCCAGGUGUUAUUGCCCGUUUGAUGGGUCUGGAUGGCCUGCCUACUAACAAGCAGCAAAAGGAUUCAUCAGAAAAUCCUGUAGAGAAAGUGCGAAACAGAGGAACAUCAUACGAUGGUCGGUCCUCUAGGAGGAGCUCAAAGGAUCAACAAGAAUUUAAGGAUGUGUUUGAGGUCUCAGAGAUCCCAAUGGUAGAGAGCAGCAGGUAUUCAUCACACGUGUCUGCAAAUGACCUGAGGAAUGCCAACGAAGAGAUGUCAUUCAUUGAGCAGAAGUUUAUGGAUGCCAAACGCCUUGCAACUUAUCAGGAUUUACAGUCAUCGAGGGAUUUCCAUGAUACACUUGAGGUGCUUGACUCUAACAAGGAACUUCUUCUGAAGUACUUUAAGCGGCCAGAUUCUUUGUUUAAAAAGCAUCUAAGUGAUCUUCAAGCUGAUCCUUUCGAAUCACAUUUGGGUCACACAGAAGCUAUGCAAUUACCUGAAAUUGAGAAGUAUGGAAAUGAGUUUGACUGGAGAUUAGAUACCGACACAGCACUGUUGAGUUAUGAUAAAUCUCAUCAAAGGCAACAUGAUGGAUAUCCUCGGCAAUUCAACAGAAGACAUGUGAUGCAUAGUUCACCGCGAUAUUCAAAGCUUCAGUCAAAGGGAAAACAUGAGCAAGGUGCUUCCCCUACAAAGAUAGUUGUCCUAAAGCCUAAUCUUGGGAAAUCCCAGAGUGCUGCCAGGAAUGUUUCAUCUCCUUGUUCUCCACAUCUUUUUCAGUCUGAGCAUGCAAAUGAUACUGAAUUUUCAGAUAUCCGAUAUAGGGACUCCAAAAUGUAUCCGCAAAAGAUUAAUUUGCCUGAUACUGCCCGGCCAUUGAGGCACAACUCUUUGGAAUCUAGAGAAAUUGCUAAGGAAAUCACUCGUCAAAUGAAAAAUAGUUUGAACAAUGGUGGUUGCGUGAUGUUGCCAUCUUCCAGACUUAGAGGAUAUGCUGGGGAUGAUAGUUCUUGCAGUGUAUCUGGAAAUGAAUCUACUGAGGAAUCAGUUGGAACUCCUGCUACUUGGGGAAACUCUUCUGAUCUUAAUAAUUGUAGCAGGAGGUCAUCACAUUCUGGUGAAUCAUCUGUGAGUAGGGAGGCAAAGAAGAGAUUAUCAGAAAGGUGGAAAAUGGCGCACAAGUCUCAAGAGAUACAAAUUAUCAGCAAGAGCAGCACACUUGCAGAAAUGCUUGCUAUCACUGAUAAGGAUGUCAAGACCACAAAUUUUGAUGGAAGGUUUACUGAGGAACGGCACCGUAAUAAACCUGCUGGGUGGGUUGAACCAUUGGGUAUCAGCAGCAGGGAUGGUUGGAAGGAUGGAUGUAUUGGAAGUUUGCCAAGGUCAAGAUCUCUACCUGCUUCUUCUAAUGUCUUUGGAAGUCCUAGAACAAUCAUGCGCAAUGAAGUGCUUCGUGAUGAUCGAUUUAGGAUGCCAAAGGAAGCCAUUAGACGGGAGAGGAGAAGAGGAAGGAGUCAUGAUCAGAGGCAUGGUGUAAAUAGUAGAAGCACAAGAUCUGGUCACAAGAAAUCUUGGUCUAUGCUUUCGUCUGAGUUGGAAGGUAAUGAGUUUUCACCAAGCUUUAGUGCCAUUGAGAAUAAAAUGGAAAUCAAUCUUGAAGAAGGUUCACCUAAACUAGAUGUUCCGACCACUGAAUCUCUUGCUGUGACCCUCAAAGAUACAAGUGUGCUUCCUGAUACUAUUGUGAGUGUGGCAAAUGAAGAUGCAGACAGGUCUUGUGAACCUUCUGAUAAAGUACUGCCUGAAACAUCUCUUGUUUUGAUCAAAGGUGACAACAGGAUUGCUGACAAAGAUAACUCAAUUCAGCAGGAACUAUCUGCUGGGUCUUCUGAUGGAACUUCAGACUGCUUUCAACCACCUGUACCUGGACUUGAAUCAUCAUGUGGUAAAGAUACUGAUCAACCCAGUCCAGUCUCAGUCCUGGAACCUUCUUUUACAGAUGAUCUGUCAUCAUCAUGUUCCGAGUGUUUUGAAAGUCUCAGUGCUGACCUGCAAGGGCUCCGAAUGCAGCUCCAGUUGCUGAAGUUGGAAUCCGAAGGAUAUGCGGAGGGAUCUGUGCUAAUUUCAAGCGAUGAAGAGUGUGGGGAAGGAUCUACUAGAUUGUCAUUGUCAGAAGACAAUCGAUUAUGCAGAACUGAAGAUAGCUGGGAGUCUUCCUACAUUAUUGAUGUGUUGUCUGAAUCUGGCAUCGAUGGCGCUCAACCUGAUCCAAAUUUUGAAUUUUGGCAUUCUCUGGAAUCCCCUCUAAGUCUCUCAGUGUUUAAUGAACUUGAAAAGAGGUACUGUGAUUGGACCACUUGUUCAAGGUCUGAAAGACGGUUGCUUUUUGACCGCAUAAAUUCCGGAAUUGUCAAGAUCCACAAUCAAUCCAUGAACUUGCAGCCAUGGGUGAGCCGUGCAACAACAAAUGUUGGUUCUAAACUGAUCGAAAAUCGGAUCCAAGAUGGUCUUUUCAGGUUGCUGGGAAGCCAGGGAAAAGUGAAGGAUGAUGCUUUGGGGAAGGUGUUGGUUAAGGAACCACAGUGGUUGGACUUAGGAGAUGAAAUUGAUGUAAUAGGUAGGGAAAUUGAGAGAUUGUUGUUAGAAGAACUAGUAGCAGAGAUAGCUGGUGCAUAGAAAAUUUUGUACCGGGGCCAUUAUUUGUUCUUAGGAAGUUUCCCUAUAUUGUAAAUCAAAGUUUCACAAUGUUAAAUUUCAUCAGAAGAUGAAUAAAGGGAUCAUAAUGUUUCUUCCCAAACCCAUUAGGCAUUAGAUGAAUGAUUAUGACUAUCUGAGAAUGUGGACAAGUUUACAUGGCCCAUUCAUGGUGCAUGUGGAUUUCAAGGUUGCAUUUAAGGCACUACGUGAUAGACAUAAAAGCCAGAAUUUUUGUAGCUACAUUAAGGGGUAGGGACUAGGGGUAGCAGCAUAUAACGACAAUAUUCAAAUAACAACGCAAUUCAAGGUGAAUCAAAUUAUAAAAUCAUGCCAACGGUGUAAUCUGCAAGAAUUGAUGGCGAUUGACAAAGUUUCUUUCUACA